UCUUCUUUAAGAAAAUGACGAACUCUUUAUCAGCGCAUCCAGAAGGAAGUCAACCUACAAGUGUUUCACCACCUUUACAAGAAAAAAAAGAUCUGACCGAAAAUAUCAUGGCAGAACCUGAUAUGGAGGAAUCUUACAAACAAUUAAAACGUAAAAUCAAGGAAAUUACAGAAUUAAACAUGGCUAUGAAUAGAGAUUAUUUUCAUGCAAAAAAGAAGAUUCGUACCUUGACUUUUGAGAGAGAUCUCUUGUUAGACAGCAUCAGUAAAUUAGAAAACACAAACAAAUUGACCGAUGAAGAUAGCGAUAGUGAUCUUUAUAGCGAUAUUUCUGACUCAGAGGAUGAUAUAGAAGCUUCCACGGGCGCCAAAUCUAAGAUUCUAAAGAAAUUGGCGUUCAGACCUUCUAGCACGACACUACACCGUAGUCAGCCCACAACUAGUUUAGCCAACACAACAGCCAUGUCUCUUCCACCAACGAUACAUGAACCUGCACCUGCACCUGCACCACACAAACGAUCUCGAUCAGCAAAGAUCACCGUUAAGACGCGUCGAGUUCAACCUAUUGAACGUGAAGCAGACGGAAGACCUAAACUUCCUCAACAGAUUGGUGUUUUAACUGUACAUAAUUUGGGUACUAUUGUCACGGAUCGACCUAACUUUCAUAACGAAAGAUACAUCUUCCCGGUUGGAUAUACAGUGAGCAGAACGUAUCCUAGUAUGGUUGAUCCCAACAGUAACACUAUCAUUACGUCUACUAUUGUGGAUGAUGGCAGUGAUUGUCCUCGUUUCCAUGUGACAGCUGCUGAUAUGCCCGAUGAACCCAUCAUUGCCAAUUCAGCAACUGGUGCUUGGACAGUCGUUGUUCGUCGAUCUAAUGAGAUCCGUAACCGUGAUCACUCUAACUCAGCCUCAGGGCCUGAUUAUUAUGGCUUCAAACAUCCCACCAUUGCCAAUUUGAUUCAAGAUUUACCAGGUGCAAAAGAUUUAAAGCAAUAUGUCUGGCAAAACUUUGAAGAGAUGGAACCUAGAGCUGCCAAAGGUGUCAUGGCUGCUGCAGAGAAAAAGAGAGGCAAUUUAGAACAAAUGGGGAAUGCAAAUAGAAAAAUAUUGCCUAUUAAAGGUGAAGUUGUCUUUGUCGAUGAACUUGGUGAAAACGAAAUUCCUGAAGAAGAUGAAAUUGUGGCUAGCGAUAGAGAAGAAUAAUCAUAU